CUUCUGCCACCGCCCACAAUCAUCGAACCGGGCGACGAGGGAGACACGCGAGGAACUGUGAUGGACAAGCGGUCGUCGCAGAUCACAUAUCACGCCGGGUUUGUCAAUCGGAUGUCCGAUUUUUCACCACCCCCAACCCAUGCAAGCACCUAUGCCCAUGCGGCGACCUCACUCACGAAGGGGUGGAAACCAUUUAAGCUAGUAUUGCGCGGGACGAAGCUGCAGUUCUACAAGCCGCCAUAUGACCGCGUUGCUGCAGUCAAAGAGCUUUUCCCGAUAGGUGUCGUGUCGGUGGACGAGGAGGAGGAAGCUGAGGCGGGUUUGUCUGACGUGGUCGAUGAUACCAAGGCCGAAGCCAAACCGACUCCAUUGAGAAGGAGAAGAGCAUACUGGGGCCGUAGGAUGCAUCCUGACUUGGUAAUACGGGAAGAGGCAAUCGAAAAGGGGACUCUGGAGGCGCUUGUGCACGAGGCAGUGUUCGCAACAACUUUCCGGGAAAACGGAUUGGAAGCAGGACCGAUCGACACGCGAACGGGGGAGUGGCAGGACUUCGCAUCGGCAAUUCUCUUUGCGCUGCCCACGCUUGUUGGCGCUGGCAGGUUUGAAACGGAACUUCUCCGUUGCUGCGCGUAUCUUGUCAGCGGUGCGGAGGAUCUUCUCAAGGAGAUUGAGCGUGGGCGCGUCCAAUGGCUCGCAAACGAAUAUGUUCGGUAUCAUGGAUCACCUGCUGACCCAAGUGCUUGGGAGACCUUCCGAAAGGAGACUAUUCCUGACUGCCCGAAGGGCUUUUGGCAACUUGACGCCAGCGCUCAUCGGGCGUCAUCGUCGACCCAAGCGCUAUAUUCGCGGUCACCGAAGUCGAAUGCGAGUACAAACAACCCUGAUUCGUUCUCUCCCAACGUCAACACAUUUUCACCACGUCCUGGCGCAGGUGAUGUGAUGGGUUCGCUCACUUCUAUGGCGGACAUGCUAGCGCCGAUUUUACCGGGGAGGAAAUCAACUGAUUUGCUCAGUCGACCGUCCAUGUCUAGCAACAAGGACAUCAUAUGGAGCACCCUGGAGCGUGAAGGUUUUACCAAGGAGGUCUUGCUGAGGCUUAGUCCACGGCUCGUCGCCCGCAGUCUCUUGAUCUUCAACCGUAACAUUUUAGAGUCACUGCCAGAGAACUUGACCGCUGACAACUGCUUACUGGAUGACUCUUCUACUGGUCGACCCCUCCCUGUCGCCUCUGAUGCCCAAGUUGAAGAUGCUGCUCAGAAAGUGACCGUCUUUUUUGGCAGCGACGAUCGUCCUCAUUGGCUCACCAAAUUGGUCAUUCUGCAUAUCCUUGGCCCGGACUCGCCAUCGUUCACUUCGCGUAUGUCGGGCGAUCAGGCACCUCAGACGUCUCGCACACAUACUCGCUCUGAGGUUAUCUCUGCGUGGGUGCGCGCAGGGGAGUUGAGCCGCCUCGCCGGUGAUCAUUGUUCAUGGCAGGCGAUUCGUGCUGCACUGUGCUCCCGUCCCAUAGCACGGCUAGAAAAGGCAUGGAAACGCGUCGAUACUUCUUCUAUAUCAGUGGUGGAGAGUUGGAUCAAACAAGUUCAGGGAUUCGAUCGGAUCGGAGGCGUCGACGUGAUCAUGACGCCUUGGGGCGGGGAUCUACACCAGAAGAUCAGAACAGCUUUGGAUCGAGCGAAGGUUGGAGGUGAAGAGGUAUGGACAGUAGGGAAGUUGACAGAAGCUAAGGAUCUUUUCGAGGGUUUCCGGACAUCCUUCUCUCUGUGUCCAAGAAAAAACAAUCCAUUACUUGAUGACGUUUCUGAAGACAUUGAGAGGUUGGCAUCUGCAUGGAAGGACUUAUGUAUCUCUGGCGGAGGCAAGGGCAAUAUCGCUUCUCAGUUUAUCCACGUCGAUCAAUUCAUGUCACUUUCAAUCGCAGCGGAAUCUCGGCGGAAGGGACUAUAUGAGCCUUAUUUCUGGUCUCCAUCAGCACUUUCAACCAGUCCUACCAAUCACACUCUCGCGUCUCUGCUCUUUCCAGAGCACCUGCCAGAGGUGUCUCUUAUCAAUCGCUCACAAGUAUGGCGAGGUCGCUUAGAAAGUGGAGCAACGCAGCUUAGCGUUCAAGAUGUGCAGUUUUUACGGAGCGCAGACUCGGCUUCAAAACUUGCCAGCAGUCAAAAGAGGAAGAGUUUGGGCACCGCAAGAGAUGGUCUCAAUGGCGAGGAGUUUGGGGGUACCAUUAUACCAAUUUUCGAUGGGGAGUUGUUACUUCUUGUUCAGCCUGGGGCAGAGACAUCGAUAUCACCAACUUCGUCCCGCCCUCCUUCGAGACCCUCUAGCUCCGUGAUCGACCCAAGCAUUACUGAGAAGCCCAUGUCCCGUGCUCCGUCGAUUCGAGUAAAGGCUGGUUCACAUGCCAUGGAUCGCAAGGCAAGCUUGGCGCGGCGAAGUUCCUUGCCUUCGAUAUCUCAACGAGCUAGUGUCGUACUUCAAGAGCACCCUUCCGAGCGACCCGUUCGUGUGGUUGUGAAAGCUGGCACACUGGAGCGUCUGGUGGAGGUUCUCGCUCAUGGUCUUCCUGGCAUAUCAGUCUCAAUCGCGGACGAUAAUGGCGAGAUGCCAUUACGGGAGGGAGUGGCCCGUGACAUUCGACUAGACCGUAGUGAUUUCGCCUCAAUCUGGUGGAAUGUUUACCGCAGUUUUGUUACGCCUUUGGUAUUCUUUGAGCUUUUGCGUAAACGUUAUGUUAGUGCCUCUUUAGCAGGGCAAUCUGCUGUUGCUGAACUUCAGCAUAUUGCCCAAGUCCGCUCCGAAAUUUUGGAAGCCAUCUCAGAAUGGAUCCAACUCGGCGGGGGUGCACAGGAUAUCCUUGAUGAUGGCCCACUUUUUCAUGCCGUUCAAGCAUUUUUCAAUAGUCCCACUGAUCACGAAAUGCCAGAUUCUCCAGCCAAGGACGAUCUUACCGUCUCGCAUGCUUGGUCGAGUCUCAACCAAACUCGUGCUUCUGUGACCACCCUUCUCACCUGCCAGACAAUGCGGCCUACUAUUCAGAGUCUUUCAUAUCCGGAAAUUGUUACGAACUCUUCAUUGUCGGAAGGAUUUGGAAUCGACCCACCAGAUCUCGAUAACGCAGAUCCUGAAGGCCUUGUCAAUAACUUCGACGCAAUGGCUUCAGCUGCAUUCCGCAAUGUCACAGAAGAGGAUCUGUUCGUUACCGCGGACCUACUCGAAGUUCAGACCGCCGACCGAAUGGGGUGGCUACUUCCUCGAGAUGCGAGCACGACCAACGACGAUGUCGAGAUUCAGACCAUUUAUUCUUACAUUUCGGAGAUCGAGCCUUCGACGCUUAUAUCCGAACUCACCCAUGACUCUAUAUUUCGGCUUCUCCCCCCGGGCCUUCGCAGCUGCCUGCGUGCACACCACGUUCUACGCAAGUGGGUUGUCUCUCAGAUCGUUGCCCCACGUUUAGGACUUCAAGUCCGACAAGCACGAAUGGAGCUUCUCCUUCAGGCGGUCGAGAUUUGUCGUCGAUCCAGUUUGUCAGAUUCUCCCGACGGCUUUCCCGAAAAGCCCAGUAUUCGGUCGUUUGUCGAGUUCGUUUUGACAUCCGCGAUUAUCAGCGCUGAGAGUCGCAUACAUCAGCGUGCAUGGUACAAUGUAGCAAAUGCCCGUAAAGUAGGGUGCGAGAGUUUGGUCGCUUUUCUGGCAAAACCUGUUUGCCAACCAUCGACACCGAAAUGGCCCCUGGCUACGGAUAUGGGCUGGACCCUGGAGCGUAUGUUAGAACUGAUCAGCCUCCCCGAUGUUCAUGAAUCACUCUCUCCCGAAGGACGCCCUCUCGUUAACUUUGAUAAACGACGACAACUGUGUAACCUCAUUUCAAACACGCCCUGCGUUUCUCGGAGUCGCCUUAGAAGAGACAUUGAUCGCCGUGACUUCGAACGCUUGGGCAAUAUCGAGCGGGAAGUUGGGUUGCUGCAAUUUGAUCUACGCAGUACCAAAGAGGAUGCUUACAGGGAGUUAUCUCAUGCUGGAGUUAGUGGCCCUCCAAAACGAGCCCAGCGUCCCUUCCAGAAGCAUGUUUCGGCUCAACACGAGAAGAACAAGCGGGACCGGUACCUUCGUGAUCGCCUUAGCAAAGAACGCAAGCAAGAGCAGCUGAAGAACGACCGAAAAGACGAGUAUCUCAACAAGGCUAUGCAUACCCGCCGCCCCUACACAGCUGCGCAACGGCAACACAGGAUAAAGAAAAGUGCUUCGUCUGGGUUUUUCCAACAGCUUAUGAGACCGAUCUCGAGCGCCUUUUCCUUGGAUAAUGUGGACUCCUCGUCUGGUAAGCGUACAGCCGCCGAACUUGACUUCACUCCUACGGGCAAGCCGUCGCUAGUCUUGAAUGUUGUCGACGCACAAGUAGCUCACUUUAUCAAUCGUGAACGCUCGUAUACAUUCCAGCUCGAUACAGAGGAUGGAGGACACUAUCUUCUCCAAGCCGCUUCAAAAGUCGAGAUGAUCAAGUGGAUCCAGACUAUCGAUCGAGUGUCCAAGUCCGCGGCAAAACGACGCUUGACCUACCUUGGCAAUUCCCCCAAGCCUCAGCUAUCAGAUCAUAUACAUGAACGUCCAAAGACGGCUUCAAGAGACCCUACCGCUACAGUUUUUGGAGUAGACCUUGAGUUCUUGCUAAAGCGAGAGGCUGGCGGGAAUCCAGUACCUCAGGGUGCUGUUCCAUCUGUCAUCGAGCGAUGCUUGCAAGAGGUCGAAGCUAGGGGACUGAGCGAAGUCGGAAUCUAUCGAAUCGCUGGGGCCAGCUCUGAAGUGAAUGGACUCAAAGAAAAGCUGAAUCGCGGGGAAUGGCCAAUUACGCUGUCGACGGAUAUUUACGCUGUUUGUGAUAUUAUCAAGACCUGGUUCCGUGUGUUGCCUGAACCUGUGUUCCCUUCAUACUCGUAUCACGAUGUUAUCGAGGCCAUGAAAAUCGAGGACCUAAACUCUCGGAUAGAGAGAAUCCGUACAGUGAUCCAAGCUCUACACCGUCAUAAUUUCGAUUUGUUAAAACGCGUCGUUGAGCAUCUCGAUCGGGUAACGGACUACGAAGAACAUAAUCAAAUGGGCUCCGACGCACUGGCCAUUGUGUUCAGUCCAAACCUGCUGCGCGCUCCUCACAAUGAUUUCGUCAUGAUCAUGGCCAACAUGCAGCACACCAAUAGACUUGUGAAAGCCCUGGUGACACAUUUCCACACUAUCUUUGAUGAGAUAGAUCCGGACGCGGAGGGCGAUCACGAUGAAGAUGAGGACGAAUUCGAAUUACCUAUCCCGGAGGAGGAUGAAGAAGCCGACGCCGAAUUUCUUCGUUCUGCUCCCAUAAUUUAUCCCGGUUCUGAAAACUCGCUUGUCUCGCAGAUCUCAUAGCAAGCUUCUAAUCAUACCUUCGUUUCACUUCAUGGAACUCUUGAUCCCUCUAUUCUGCUCGCAUUGUUUGUACUCUAUCUCAAUAACAUCCGUACCUUCUCAGCUAGGACAGUGUCUACUUUCUCAAUAGAUAUCCCGGUCUCGCUAGCUGCAUAAUUCGCGUUAUUUCUCCAUUACGACCUUGUAGUAACUUUAGCUGUCCUAUCCAUACGAAAGUUUUGUCUAGGUCUCCUGGAUUACAUCACAGAUGUUACUCU